CCGCCAGUCUGUAGCUAAGGAAGGGAGGCGCCACUGGGACUUAUCAGUGCUUGGCGCCGCCCCACUGGGCUCUUGAUGUCAGCAGCGUGCAUACGGCCCCUGGCAACAGUACCUGUAACAUAGCGAGUGCUUGUUUUCUACUUGUCUGUAUUGAUUUUAAUUUUAUUAUGUCAAUUGUUAGCCCGAGAGCGGCAGAGUAUUUUUCGUAUGUGCCGGUGCACGGGCUGCCGGAGGUAAUGAUCGGGCUCUUUCUCUCGCUGGGCAUAAUCCUCGUAGUGCAGAUUCUCAACACGUCGGCACCCAAAUGGAUGUACGUUCUGACUGGCGCCGCAGUCGGCGAGGCGCUUGGAUACAUCAUGCGUGUGGUGUGCACAUACCGACCCCACCUGGGCCUAUUCAUCGUCAUGGAUCUGUUCUUGCUCCUGCCACCCAACGCCCUAGCGCUGUUCAACUACAUGUGCGUGCGCGAGGUGACGAAACGCACAAAGAAGCAGAAUGUGGCGAUAUAUCUGCGGCCGUCGUUCAUAUCCUGGGUGUACAAUACCUCGGACAUCGUAGGAUUCGUGUUGCAGAUGGUGGGCUGCGGCAUGGAGCCUCCAAGGGCGACUCGGCACGCAGGCCAGAUUGUCGUUCUCAUCGGGCUUGGCAUUCAGCUCCUGUUUCUUGGCGCGUUUCUGGUCACAGUCAUGUAUGUGUGGAAGGAUCCCGAGAUGACAGUUGUCAGGGCGCCUGGCGACCAGACGCAGGAGGUAGCCAAGAGAAGGCUGAUGCAGGUGUUGACAGUCACCACGCUGUUGCUGUAUGUGCGGCUGGUGUACAGGAUCGUCAACUACGCAAGCGGGUUUGGCGGGGCGAUAUACCGCAGCGAGUGGGCACUAUACACAUUCGACUCGCUCAUGGUGCUUGUCUGCUUCAUUAUCUAUGUGGUCAGGUUUGUCGGACACUACUUCCCCGCUGAUGGACGGACGGCCGAAGAGGUUGUUUUGCGGUCUGCCUGAUGUGUAGGCUGGGACGGGGGUUAGCGAUGCGGGCCAGGUUUCUUGGCUAGUCCCGCGCUCAACUGGUCAGGCAAAGCUUUUGUUGCAGGUUUUCACCACGGCGUCUCUGGGCCAUCGGAGCAAAAGUGAGCCCGAGCCAGCCGGAGCAGAAGAGACAAAAAGCCUGAAUGAGUGAACCGAAUUUUUUAUUUGCGCAUCAUACUCGCGGCUAGCAGUCCUUGUCGCCCAUGUCCGCACGUACAGCUGUGGGCUAGGGGAUCUCGGAGCGAGCCAAACCUCCGGCGGACUAUAGCGUUCAGUGACCGCCCAUCAUGCAUUAAAAGGGGAGGGAGAGGCAGUAAGGUCUUCUUUUCUGCAGUCUUGG